GACGACGACGACGACAUGAUGGUGGUGGUGGUAGUGGUGAGGGUAGGUGGCGCGGGCCUGGAUGAGGAACGGAGCGUCGUCGCGGCGCGGCUCACGAGGCUGAGCGGCAGUGUCCAGACGAGGUGGAAGAGGUCCGGGAACAGGGCGACGAAGAGGACGAGGAGGAGCGCAAUGGUGGUGGUUGUCGAGAUGCCGGCUGUUGAUGGUUGGCGGGGCGGCAUGGUGGAUGAAGUUCUGAUUGUCGGGGGCAUGGAUGAUGAAUGACGGGCGGCUACGUCAAGGUGUGGGGACAGACACUCUUCCUCAAUUCCACCCACGAUUCAUUCACUCUCACUCACUCACUCACUCACUACUCCAGUAGCAGUUUUCAUCUCAUCUCCAAAAGUCUCCAAAAGCAGCACUUACACCACCACCACCGCCUCGCACUACCCAUCGACCAGCGAUGGAACAUGGCCAACGCCACUCUUUCGCUCACGCUCAUACGUAGAACUUUAUCGUCACCGAUUGGACGGACCCUGUUGGGCGGAAGAGACAAGGGAAGAAGAAGAAGAAAAACAGAAAAAGAAACCUCGCCCGCCGAAGUCUCGAUGGAACGGGCAGGUCGUCGACCAUGCAAGCAGCAGUUGGUUCCUGCAGCGGACUGUACGACAGACGCCCAAUGCGCACGAGCGUGUGACACACUCACGCACGGAAAAUCGACAUGGCAUCAGUCGAGGUGCUGCAAUGCCAAGCUGCCAACUUGGCGAGCAGCUCCAACCUGUACGAAGUACACCUCCUCCAAGACGAUACGAUACCAGCGCGCAUGCAGAGCGGUCUCGACCCCAGUACGUUAGUGUGUAGCUACCUACUCCGAGCGUGAGGCAACCUACCUACCUGCCUCUCGCCGAACCAACUCGUUGCUCAGUCAGCGACUGGUCGAACUCUUGGCUGCUCAUGGUUGCCCGACCUGGGGUGAGGCCGUCAUGUUGGCCCCCCCUCCCUUCCAGCGGCAGCUCCGGGGUGCUAUAAGUACCUCGCGAUCCGGAGACAAAGGGGAGGAGGAGGAGGGAGAUGAGGAGAAGAAGAACGGAUGGGAGAGGUGUGACGAGCCUUGCACACGCGACAGCCAGCAUACACGCCGCAACACUCUUCCCUCUGUCAUCGGAAGAAGGCAGCCAUGGUGCGCACGGCGGCGCUUCUGGCGUCGCUUCUGGCGGCGGCCUCGUCCGCACUCACGGGCAAAGUCUCACUUGGCGAUGGAGACACCCGGGAGUUUGUCCCUGGCGGAUACAUCUUUGAGUUCGAGGACGGCCAUGAUGCCUCGGCCGUGCUUCAAGACAUCAACACCAUCGGCACCACGCGCAUGCACCUGGACUACAAGCUCUUCAAGGGCGUCUCGGUGGAGCUGCACAACGUCAAGACGGCCAUGGCCGCGACGAUGAACAUGGCCUCCCACCCCGCCGUCAAGAAUGUGUGGCCGAUUGAGGUGCACCCCAUGCCCAAACCCGCGGGCCUCAAGAUCAUCAAGGCCAAGGACCUCCUGGCCGUGGCCCCGGAACAGCACGGCCUCGUGGCGCGCGAUGGCAACACUACCUUUCACAAGGACACCUUCUCCACGCAUGUCAUGACCCAGGUCGACAAGCUACACGCCGAGGGCAUCACGGGCAAGGGCAUCAAGGUUGCCGUCAUCGAUACCGGGGUCAACUACAAACACCCGGCCCUCGGUGGCUGCUUCGGCAAGGGAUGCCUCGUCUCCUUCGGGACCGACCUGGUCGGCGAUGACUACACCGGCAGCUUCUCCAAAGUCGCCCCAGACGAUGACCCUGAUGACUGCAACGGCCACGGAACCCACGUGUCCGGCAUCAUUGCCGCCCAGCAGAACAAGCUGAAUUUCCUCGGCGCGGCGCCCGAUGUCACCCUGGGCAUGUAUAGGGUGUUUGGGUGUUCGGGCGGCGUGGCCAACGACAUCUUGAUUUCUGCGUUCAACAAGGCCUAUGAAGACGGCGCCGACAUCAUCACCGCUUCGCUUGGUGGUGCCGGUGGUUGGUCCGAAAGCCCCUGGGGUGUCGUUGUUUCUCGCAUCGUCGAUCGAGGCGUACCGUGCACCAUUGCGGCCGGCAACGACGGCAAGAACGGCUUGUUCUAUCCCUCGUCCGCUGGUGACGCCAACGGCGUGAUCAGCGUCUCCUCCUUCGAGAACACCAUCGACCCCGAGCUGGGACUCCUCUCAUCCUUUACCAUGGAUGACGGCGAGGAUGAACAAAUGGGCUAUUUCGUCGCGCCCGACCGCCCCAACUGGCCAGGAACGCCGAUGCCCAUCUACCCCCUCAGUCUGAAUACCAGCGUCGAGGAUGAUGCGUGUGAACCCCUCCCAGACGAUACGCCCGAUCUGGCCGGACGUGUCGUUUUGGUCCGCCGGGGUACCUGUUACUUUACAGACAAGGCCACCAACGUGGUGGCCAAGAACGGAUCGUACAUUCUCUUCUACAACAACGCUCCAGGCCCUUUCGCACCGUCGGUCGGGGGCGCCCCAGAUCAACUGCUGGCGGCCGGCAUGCUCACCGCUGAGCAAGGCGAGGCGUUUGUCGCCGCCCACAAGGCAGGGCACAACAUUUCCGUCACCAUAGUUUCCCCGCAGUAUUCCAAGGGCUUCUCCAUCGUGGGUUCCGUCAACCACAAGAUAGGCGGUGCCGUCAACACGUUUACGUCCUGGGCUCCGACCUGGGAGAUGCAUUUCAAGCCACACGUCGGAGCGCCGGGCGGCCAGAUCAUCUCCACGUGGCUUGGCAACGACUACGCCGCCGAGGAUGGCACGUCCAUGGCCACGCCCAUGGUUGCCAGCAUCUUGGCUCUCAUUGCUCAGGUCCGCGGCAAGCUUGACCCCGUGGCCUUGACGAAUCUCAUCUCGGCCUACGCGAAGCCCCAAGUCUGGAACGACGGGCAGGGCUUCUACCAAAAGCUCGCGCCGCCUCCCCAGCAGGGAGCCGGGCUCAUCCAGGCCUACGACGCCGCCCACGCGACUACCCUUCUCGAGCCCUCAAGCCUCUCUUUCAACGAGACGGCCCAUCUGGCGAAGAAGCUUAGCUUCAAGCUCACCAACUCGGGGGCGCAGAAAGUGUCCUACACCAUCGCACAAGUCUCCGCGCUCACAAUGUACACCCUGGGCACUGAUGGAGUAUAUCCCAUGGCCUUUCCAAACGAGAUUGCCGACGCACACGCCACGCUCGCUUUCUCGGAGCAAAAGAUCACGCUGCGGCCAGGAGCUUCCAAAGUCGUCACCGUGUCAGCCCGGCCGCCUCAGGGUCUGGACGAGGGACGCCUCCCAGUCUGGUCCGGUUACGUGACCAUCAACGGCACAGACGGUUCCGCGCUGUCCAUGCCGUACCAGGGCCUCUCGGGCUCACUGCACACAAAGGCCGUCCUGACCCAGGGCCACGUCGGCGUCGCUUCGUACAAGAACCUGACGCUCGUAGAGGACGGGCACGUUUUCAUCUUGCCGGCCCCGGUCUCCGCACAGUCUUCAGACGUAAUCGGCAUCUACGCAAACUUUGCCCUGGGAAGCCCCAAGGUGCGGUGCGACAUCGUCCCCAUGACAACCUGCCCGCCCAAGAACAUCACCGUCGACGACCCCCUCGGCGACACAUUCAAGACGGUCGGCCAGCCCGCCGGGUGGCCCCUGCGAUACGUCCCGCGCGGCGGCAAUCUCCAGCCCUGGGACGGGCAGCUCGACGGCGGCAUCUACGCUCCCCCCGGCAAGUACAAGUUCGUGAUCCGCGCCCUGCGCCUCUUCGGGGACGAGACCAAGCUCGAGGAGUGGGACAAGGACACCAGCACGAGCUUCUACAUCAAGUAUCAAUCUUGAGCGAGGGGCUCCAACUCGCCUGCUAUUCUCAUGGCUGAAUCGCCGCGCCAUGCGCGUAUUUCGGUAAAGUUGAACGCCCACUUGCAUGGGGGCGGGGCAAGUACGUAGUUAUAAUCUGUAUAUCAAUCAAAGAUAGACAUGUAAAUGUCAAGGAGCCAU